GGCCACGCUGGCUUCCGAGUGGGGGAGUGUUGCGCGUGGGUCGUGGUUGAUGGUUGUGGUUGGUGGUGGUUGGUUGGUUCGUGGUGGUGGUAAGGAAGAAGCCUGUUUCGGUGAAAAGAUUUCAGAUAAAUGUUGCCACAAGUAAAGUGAUUCUCGUUCCCCCUCCAAGCAUUCGCGUGCGGACAAUGGCGCUCGAGUCUCGGCUGGCACAGGACACGACUCAGCGGGAGCCGGAUAAACCCAUUGACAGAGAGAAGACGUGCCCCCUUCUGCUGCGCGUGUUCACGAGUAAAACCGGGCAUCACCACCGCACGGACGAGUUCGCCCGCGGCAGCGCUCCCACCUCCGAGCUGCAGAUUUACACGUGGUUGGAUGCCACGCUGAAGGAGCUGACCAGCCUGGUGAAGGAGGUGAACCCAGAGGCGCGCAGGAAGGGAACUCACUUUAGCUUUGCCAUUGUCUACCCAGACCCCAAGCGGCCCGUGUACAGGGUACGGGAGAUCGGCAGCACGAUCGCCGGCCGCAAGGGUGCGGACGACAUCAUGACGCUGCAGUCGCAGAAGUUUCAAAUCGGCGACUUUCUGGACAUUGCCAUCACGCUCGCGGGACGCGGGCCCCCCCUGCCCAGUCGCAUGCUGCGUCCGUAUUAGAGCGUCUCGCGGUGAAACUUCACCGCUGGGGGCUCGGCGUGAAUCAACAUGUUUUUUUAUUAUUACUUUCAACUCUCCGUUGUCGGUGACGCGGCCGAGUGGCGGCGCGUUUUGCCGCUCGUCGCAAAAGGUUUGCGGUUCGAGGCCAGCGGCCGCCCUGGUUAAUACCGUGCGGGUGUCCUGACGGUGGAUGCCGCGCGCCGUCCGCUUGGCAGUUGACGGUAAAAAUACGGUGACGGUAUUCGAACAGCGAGUAGGCCGUGCGUGCGUGUCGGCGUCACGGUCCAAAAAUGUGACAAGUUACCGACAGUUCGCUUGAGUAAAACCGGGCAGCCACCAUUGCCCUGGACUUGACUAAGGCCUUGUGCUGUAGGAAUGGAGUGAACACCGAAUGUUCUCGUGAUUUAUCCGUGGUAACGCAAGUGGGGGAGUGUCCCUGAAAGAAAAAAAUACGCGGACAUUGCGAAACGCUCCGGAACAAGAAGAACUGGAUUGGACGCGUUCUACGAGGGGCACGGUUUGAUGACGAAGGACGUUACAGAAGGCCCAACGGAAGAGUUGUGGGAUGCUGUUCGCAUGAAUGACGCUAUAUACAAUGAAAGUAUUAUUCUCAAGACAGAGCGAGAGGAAGGCCCAGGAUCGGUAUAUUGGAGGUGCUGAAGCGGAGGGGGGACACGUUUGUGUUAACGGCGAGAAGGGCAGCGGACGGAGAACGAUGGAGGAGAUGGCAGCCGAGGAGCCCGUUAAGGCAGAGCGCCGCAGCUGAACCGUGGAUCGCGGGUGACGAUGACUUUUGAUCCUGGCUGCACACAAAGUCAGCGGUUGCGGAGUCGCAAGUGAACACCUGGCCAGGGUUUGCAAACCGGAGCGCACGCUCAAGGCGCGACUGUGGUAAUUCUCCGCGAGCGCGGAUGGUGAUGUUGCCGUUGGUUUGCUCUUUGGCAAGCGCGUAAUUCAUUCGCGAGUGGAAUUCAUUCGAAUUUGGCACACUUGGCACGAGGGCACUUGCCCAUUUUGGGAGUAACGUCACGUGACCUUUAACGCUGUCUGUGACGCUGGAUACACACACACACACCUUUCUUAUACAUGCGUCUGCAGCGACACCCAGUAGGGGUGUAACGAGUUGCCCCGACGUGCGAUGCAAUGCACGGUCACGAUUCGGGAACAUGAUCGGGUCACAAGUCGACACGAGUGUUACGCGCUCGUAGGAUCUUAAGGGGUGUGCGAAUCUAGAAAAUGUACAAUGGCGUGAUUUGUCCAAAACACAUUCAAAAACUAAUAUUCAACUUUGUCAAUCCACCGUCGGAUGAAGGCCCUCCCCACACUAUGUCGGAUAUGAGAGUCGUUUGACCAUACUUCACCACGCUGGUUGGUGCGAGUUGGUGAAGGUGGGGCGAACCUAGGACUGGUUCAGUUAUUACUCGCCACGGACGUUAGACGUGGCUGGCAAUCGCACUCGAAUCACUGGGUUCAUCGAGCAACAUACUUGAUCAACGUAUUUGAAAUAAUUGGCCUUUAACAUGCCUAUUAG